GUACCCGCGCAUGCUCCGUGCGGACCGGCGGGGGAUGCGGGCGGCCGGCGGAGCCAUGGCGACCUUCCGCCUCGCUCUUAUUCAGCUUCACGUGUCUGCUGUUAAAUCAGAUAAUCUUCAACGAGCCUGUGGGCUGGUGAGAGAAGCCUCAGCUAAAGGAGCAAAAGUUGUGGCUCUCCCUGAAUGUUUUAAUUCUCCAUAUGGAACCCAGUACUUUAAGGAGUAUGCAGAGAAGAUCCCUGGGGAAUCGACACAAAAGCUCUCAGAAGUUGCAAAGGAGUGCAGCAUAUAUCUCAUUGGAGGAUCCAUUCCAGAAGAGGAUGGUGGAAAGCUCUAUAAUACAUGUACUGUCUUUGGGCCUGAUGGUGCUAUGCUGGCAAAGCACAGGAAGGUUCAUUUGUUUGACAUUAAUGUUCCUGGGAAGAUACAGUUCAAAGAGUCCGAAACCCUGAGUCCAGGGAAUAGUUUCUCCAUGUUUGAUACACCAUACUGUAAAGUGGGCCUUGGCAUCUGCUAUGACAUGAGAUUUGCUGAGAUGGCUCAAAUCUACGGCCAGAAAGGUUGCCAGCUGCUGAUAUAUCCAGGGGCUUUUAACCUGACAACAGGACCAGCUCACUGGGAACUCUUACAGAGGGGACGCGCUGUUGAUAACCAAGUCUACGUAGCUACCGUAUCUCCUGCUAGAGAUGAAAAAGCAUCCUAUGUUGCCUGGGGACACAGCACUGUAGUAAAUCCAUGGGGUGAAGUCAUAGCCAAAGCUGGGGCUGACGAAACAGUUGUAUACACAGAUAUAGAUCUGAAGAAACUUGCGGAGAUACGUCAACAAAUUCCUAUUUUAAGCCAGAAGCGUUGUGACCUCUAUGGCGUAGAGAUGAAAAAGUGAAGCUUGGUGAAGAGGGAAGGUUCAGUUGCCACGGUGGCUGUUCCCUUCAUCUUCAGAAGGAUACCCUUACUACUUGCUGUACAAUUUACUGCCGAAUGUGCCAGUUAAAAAACCACCACACAAAAAAAACUUAGUGGUAAAAUUCUAAAGUUGAUUCAAAUAAUACUUUUGUAUCUCCUCUCACAUUUAAGUAUUUCAUAGUUCAGUUCAACAUAGCAGUAAUUAACAUUGCUUUUAUGCAUGACAGUGUUUUAGUUACCUUUUGGGGGCUUUUACAUAGAACACAGAAAUGGAAACCUUGUUCUCUGAACCUCAAGUCAGCUUUGGUAUUAUGAAUUUUCCAGUGAAUUAUCAGAUAAUCUAGAAGCAUGAUUCUUCCCACUCCGUCCUUUAUAGAUGUAUGUGCCUUAACAAAGCUCCUUGAAUGCCCUACUUCUAACUUGGAAAUCUUAAAAUUUAACAUUGAGCAAAACAGGCCAAAUUUUGCUCUGCGCUGCUCGGGACAAUGCAAGAAGCUGCCAGACAGAGCUACUACUGUAGAAGAAUCUGUAACAGUUUUUGAUACAUGUGUCUCACCUGGAAUAUAUGUAUUAAAUCCUCCUUACGGCAAUUCUUGUUUAUUGCUGAAGUGAUGUGGGUUACUGUAUUGUAACAAUUCCCCUGUUGCCGUACCUUGGCUCCACAUAAUAUAGUGCUUCCUUAAUGGAAUGUCUGAAUGGGCUUUAAUUCUGUUCCCUGGGAGUUCUCCCUGGAAAAGGCUGAGGGGAGUCAAAGGGGUUAGAAAACUUGUUCCACUGAUAAGGCUUUCUGUCCCCCCUUUUCCAGAAAACUGCUCCAUGUUUAAAUGCAUUAUUGCUACCACAGGCCACCCACUGCAGGGAAAACACUCCCUCCUGUGCUGCUUUUGCUGAAGAGACAACAAACUAAGUGUGAAACAUGGCUUUAAAAUAGUGAAAACCAGCCAAGCACGCUGUAGUUUUGAUUGUUUUUUUCCUCAGAAGGAAGACACCUUUUAAUGUAAAAAGAAUUUGCAAAUGAUGCCCUUUUUCCUCCUUUGGGCUGGAAAAAAGCAGCAACUCUCCAGCCUAUACCAAUAGGCUUUCAGAUUUCCAGCAGCAUAAAAAAGCAGUAAGGCUAAAGAUUUCAAAAUACAAAAAUGGGAAGGUUUUGUCUUGCUCUAGCUAACUAUAUUUCCCCCCAAACCAUCUUACCUUUUGUUCAUGUUCAGCCAUCCUCCUCUUCCCACAGCUGCUUUUGUUAUUGUUCUUUUGGCUUUUCUGCAAUGAGCCAGGAGCUUGUUUUAUAGAGAAGAAUUAACACUUGAAUUAAGCCAAACCCCAAUGCAUCCUCUCCCCCAAGAGACAGGUCCCACCCUUCCACUCAGUGGCAUUAACUAUUUCAGCAGGUCUUUUUUGGUCUGUAUUCUCACUGCAUUUUGGUGGACAUACUGGACUGGAACUCUUAAGAAACAAGCCACAGAGCAUAAGGUGAAAUGAAGAUUUAUUUGUUGGAAAAUAAAUAUUAAAAAAUUCACAAUUUACCAUU